AUGCCUCCCCCACCUUUAAGCGGAAGACAAUUGGUAGAAAAAUUGAAUAAAAUUCAAUUCAAUCUUGGAAAGCGAAAGUCAAAAUCGAAGAAAAGAAAAGGAGGUAAGGGUGUCACAAAUGAACCUCAGGGACCGUGGAAGAAAAAAUCAAUAUUUUUUGAGCUUGAGUAUUGGGAGCAUUUGGUUUUACGUCACAAUUUAGAUGUGAUGCAUAUUGAGAAAAAUGUCUCAGAUAGCUUAAUUAAUACCUUGUUUAAUAUUCCUGGUCGGAGUAAAGAUGGAAUUAAAUCCCGUCUAGAUUUGAAAGAGAUGGGGAUUAGAGGGAAUUUACAUCCAGAAAUUAUUGAUGUGUCAAAGUUGGAAAAUCUCCGAUUAGAAAUUGUUGAAGUGUUGUGUUAUUUAGAACAAUUUUUUCCUCCAUCCUUUUUUGACAUAAUGAUCCACUUAACUGUUCAUCUGCAACUGUUGGGUCGUGUCUUCCUAGAUUUGAUAAUGAAAUUAGUAAAGGGGGUCGGGGUGUUUCGUUUGCGACGUAAGUCGAGUGAUCGAGAGGAAGCACACCGACUCGUUUUGCAAAAUGUUGAUGAGGUUCAACCGUACAUUGAGAAACAUUUUGAUUGGAUCAAGACUACUUAUCCUAGUAAGUCGAGGAACCACAAAUGGGUGCAAGAUGAACAUUAUCGAAAUUUUAGUACAUGGUUGAAAGAAAAGGUGAUUGUGGAAAUGAGUGACUCCCCGAACAAUGUAUCUCAGUUGCUACUUUCGAUAUCGCAUUUUCCUUCAUUUACUGUACUAAAGUAUCAAUCAUACUACAUAAAUAGUACUCAAUUUAACACGAAAGAUCGUGAUGCUUCUAGAAAAACACAAAAUAGUGGUGUCAUGAUUGUUGCUAGUGCUAUCCAAGUAGCUAGUUCAAAAGACAAAAACCCUAUUGAAUGUGAUAUGACCUUUUAUGGUGUAAUCAAAGAAAUUUGGGAAUUAGAUUACAUUAGCUUUCGAAUCCCUGUUUUUCUUUGUGAUUGGGUGAGGAGUGAUAAUGGAGUUAAAGAAGAUGAGUUUGGAUUCAAGCUAGUGGACUUGAAUCGAGUAGGACACAAGUCUGAUCGAUUUAUAAUGGCAUCCCAGGCAAAACAAGUAUUUUAUAUGAGUGACCCAAUAGAUGGUCGCUGGUCAGUUGUUCUAACAACACAACCAAAAGAUUAUGAUUACCAAGAGUCUGGUGGAGAUUUAUAUCUCAAUGAUACUAUAUUAAACCGGAAGUGUUCGGAGGAGAAGGCCAAGAGUGUUGGAUCAGCGCUGACGAGGUGGAAGAUGUGUGCGAGCUCCAUAUGAUUGGAAAUACUGUUAUGUCUCUUUGGUGCAGUUAUUUGCAAGAACACACACUUAAUCUUGGUGGGUUGAGGAAUACAUAUGCAUUUAAUAAUC